AUGAACUUCCCAACUGUCAACGAGCAGGAGAGCUUGGAAUUUCUCUCCAAGUUCAUUCAGAUUCCGUCUCACUCCAAGCACGCAGCUGAAAUUGAUGCCAUCAAGUAUAUGACCACUGCUCUUCAGGCCAUUGAGUUGGAAGCCCAAAGCAUCGAAUUCACCGAUAAAACCGAUGGGAUGCUUCGGUGCAACUCCGUCGGGGUAUGGAAGGGGACCGGACAUGUCAGCGGUGGCAGGAGUCUUCUUUUCAACGGUCACGUGGACGUCAACCCUGUUACUGAAGGAUGGACUGUCGACCCCUACGCAGGCAAGUACGAUAAGGCAGAAACAUAUGUGCAAAACGACAACAAAUUCAUCUACGGAAUCGGGGUUUCGAACAUGAAGUCAGGAUGCUGUGCCUACUAUAUGGCGGUUAAGACAUUGAAAGAUGCGGGGUGGAAGGUUCUGAAGGACGUUACUUUAACCUACGUGGUAGGGGAAUUACAGGGAGGAGCCGGUACGGUGGCUCUUUUGGAACAGGGAAAAAUUACCAAGGAAACGGCUGACUGUUUCAUCAACUGUGAACCCACGGAUGUGUACGGGCUAGUAAUGCACGCCGGUAGUGCCAUUUUUGAAAUUAAUAUCAUUGGUGAUACUCGGCACAUGUCGAAGCGAGAAGAGGCUACCGAUGCCAUUUUGUGUUCAAUGGAGGCCAUCCAAAAAUUGACAUAUAUGACGUUUUCGGACCCCCGCAGCCUGGUGCACGAGAGCGUGAACCGGUGUCAUGUUGGCACGAUCCACGGAGGGUUGGGCCGCAACUACGAGAGUUGGAGGGCGCCGCAAGUGGCAGAUUUUGUGACGAUUACUGGAGCCGCGCGUUACGCUCCUGGGCAGAACGAAGCCAUCGUGUUGGCGGACUUGCGGCGCGAGCUCGAGUCGGUGCAGGUGCAGCAUCCAAAAAUGAAGUUCGAAUUGCUGCUUGUGAAACACGACUUUAUGCCACCGUUCGAGGUGGACCCCAGCGCCGACAUCGUGCAAACUUUGAACAGAGGCUAUAAGGCGGUGCGUGGUGUGGACCAACCCACGGGGGCGUUGAAACCGCCAUGUUUCUACGGCAGUGAUGCCGGCCAUCUUUAUGAGAAGUUGGGGAUGGAGGGAAUAGUCUGUGGUCCGGGAGGCAAGUUUAAUACGAUGCCUGACGAACGGGUGGAUAUUGUGGAUUAUUUGGAUUGUAUCCGGGUAUUUAUGCGGGUCAUUGUAGAGACCUGUGGGGGCUACCACGAGUAA